AUGGCUAGUAUCGAUCGCUAUCGGCCUUCCAGAGAGGCCUACCAGCCUCCCACGCUCCCCCCGGGUCCGCCUCGACCAGACCGGCAAUCCAGAUCUCCCGGGCGUCGUCUUGAUGUGCCACCUGCAGUUCCAUCUCCCCCGACACACUCAUCGCGGACCUCGCCGCCGCGCCCUCAUUCUCAGCGAGACACGCGCUCACCCCAGCGGUCAAGGGCGCAAACACCAGGACCUCCGCCCAAUCAGUGGUACUUCACCCCCGACGAGACCCUGAGCACACCGAGUAUUCUAGAUGGCAUUUCACCGGCAGAGGAGCGCCUACGACGCGCGAAGGGUGUCAACUUCAUAUAUCAGGCCGGAGUUCUUCUCGACUUGCCCCAAAUCACCCUUUGGGUUGCAGGUGUCUUCUUCCACCGGUUCUAUAUGCGAUACAGUAUGGUUGAAGAGAAGAACGGCAUCCACCACUACAACAUUGCAGCCACUGCGCUCUUUCUCGCGAAUAAGACAGAAGAAAACUGUCGGAAGACAAAGGAAAUCAUCAUCACAGUGGCGAAGGUCGCCCAAAAGAACCCCAAGCUAAUGAUAGAUGAGAUGAGCAAGGAGUACUGGCGGUGGAGAGACAGCAUUCUCAUGUACGAGGAGUUGAUGCUGGAAUACCUCACAUUCGACCUCAUGGUGGAGAACCCUUACCAGCGUCUAUUCGAGCUUCUCGGUCAACUCGAAAUAGUUCACAACAAACAUCUGAGGCAGUCAGCUUGGGCGUUCUGCAGCGACGCCUGCCUUACCUCCAUCCCUCUACUGCUCGAAGCACGCGACGUUGCCAUCAGUGCCAUUUUCUUUGCCAGUAUACACACACAGCAGAAGAUCGAAGAUGUCAACGGCGAACCGUGGUGGAGGGCACUGAAAGGAAACGAAGACAAGUGUGCCAAGGCCAUCGACAUUGUCCGACAGUUCUACACUGAGAACCCGCUCCGUAAACAGAACCCGUCACUGCCAUCACCAGCUUUUGACCUGGCCAAUACUAGACAGCCAAGGGAUCAGAUGAGCCAGGAUGCUCUCUCCUCUACAGCAGGCACGCCUUUUGAGCUGGAUAGAGGAACGCAGAGCCCAAGAGCUAGGGCUAAUGGUCGCGAUGACGUCACUAAUACUGAGUCUGGCUCGCAGGCCACGCUUAAGGAGCCAGAGAGAGCGAAUGGCAAUAACCUGGCGUCCCCAGGAAAGAGGAAGGAGCUUGACUCGGAUUCCGAGGGCAGAGAACAGAAGCGGGCACGACUGUCCGAUGAAGAUGAAGGGGAGGUCUUGGACUAG